UCACUCCUGUAUCACUCCUGUAUCACACCUGUAUCACUCCUGAAACACUCCUGUAUCACACCUGUAUCACACCUGUAUCACUCCUGUGUCACUCCUGUAUCACAGGAGACCAGAGUAAGACACACCUGAAACACUUCUGUAUCACACCUGUAUCACUCCUGUGUCACUGCUGUGUCACUGCUGUGUCACUCCUGUGUCACAGGAGACCAGAGUAAGACACACCUGAAACACUUCUGUAUCACACCUGUAUCACAUCUGUAUCACUCCUGUGUCACUCCUGUGUCACUCCUGUAUCACAGGAGACCAGAGUAAGACACACCUGAAACACUUCUGUAUCACACCUGUAUCACACCUGUAUUACAGGAGACCAGAGUAAGACACACCUGAAACACUUCUGUAUCACACCUGAAACACACCUGUAUCACAGGAGACCAGAGUAAGACACACCUGUACUAUACUGACAUCACUAACGGAGCCCCUCCCUCUCUCAGCAGGUGAGUCGUACCUGCGUCGCAGUGGCACCGACAUUAUCCCGAAGGCUCGGAUGAAGACUCUGAAGAUGACAGUGGUCAUCGUGCUGUCCUUCGUGGUGUGCUGGACUCCGUACUACCUGCUAGGGAUCUGGUACUGGUUCCAGCCAGACAUGCUGCACGUCACACCUGAGUACGUCCAUCACGCCCUCUUCGUGUUUGGGAACCUGAACACCUGCUGCGACCCUGUCAUCUACGGCUUCUACACGCCGUCCUUCAGGGCCGACCUCGCCGCCUGCUGCCGCAGGACGAGGAGCAACGCCUCGCCGCGAUCGCUGGCCCGCCUAUCUGCCAGAGAGGGUCCUCACAGCGGCGAGCACGAGUCGGACCCCGCCAACAACAAACAGGCUGCAGGAGACCAACACUGACCAAUCAGAGGACAGGAGUUUGAUGUUGUCACAUUCUGUACCUGUGAACGAGUGUGAAAACCGGAGCUGGACUGGCAGGUGGAUCAGGAUCACUUCCUGCAGCUCCAACAGGACAGAAAUAUCUGGUUUCCUUUGAGGUGAUGUUUUGGUUUGUUCUGAAGGUUCCCACAGAUUCAGAGGAACUUUGAUGCCACGUUAAUAAUCACAGUUUAAUUUCAUCACAUUAUGAAUGUAUCCAGCACAAACAGGAAGUUCUUCAUGUCAGUUAUUGAUCCUUUAAUAAAAUCUGAGUCUGCUAAUGUU